UGAAACAAUAUAACCGGGAAUCUUAAGCACACUAAUUAUUUAAGUUCCUCAAUCUCUGAAGAUCUCAACAAACGUAUCUCUGUCCUUUAGCUCCUUAUAGUUGCUCUUACCCUAAUACAUAUAUAUACAGUCUUUGUUCAAUGUUUCCUUUCCCUCAUGAUCAUCAAAGCAAAGAUUUUGAAUUACAAAUGUAUUCGACUCCCCACCAGAAAGAUUUUAUGCAACAGGAUCUGAUCAUGAUGCAGGGUAGUCAUGAGGUUUUGCCAUCUGAUCUUCAGGGACGUAGUCUAUCCAAUAUUAAUAUUAGUAAAGCAAAUAUUAAUAAUAUGGCUACUGAUCCUGACGAAAGGAAGAUCAUGCGUAGGGACAAUGAGCGCCAAAGAAGACAAGUUAUGGCGAUUCGCACUGCAUCACUUCGAUCCCUCCUCCCUCUUGAAUUAAUUAAGGGAAAACGUUCAAUCUCCGAGCACAUAAAUGAAGCAGUGAAUUAUAUAAAGCAGCUGAAGGAGAAGAUACAGGAGCUGAAUGCCAAGAAGGAAGAGCUUAGAAGGGUGUAUAAACAUUACAGUAGUUCUGCACAUGAUUUCAGUCCUGAAAUUAAUGAAAAUUUGGGUACUAAGAGUACUUCCAAUAUCAUGGUUGGCCCAACAUGUUGGGGUGGAGUGGAGAUUGUGGUAAGUACUAAUAGUACAAAUUGCAGUGAGCUAGAAGGGUUUUCUCUUUCAGGAGUACUCAAAGCAUUGCUUGCAGAGGGCCUUACCGUUGUGAAGUGUGCUUCCACUGCAGCAAAUAAGAGGUCGUUUCACUCUAUUCAGUGUGAGGUCGACGAUUUGGCAUGUAUGGAUUUGUCUGAGCUACAACUGAAACUAAAUUUUUUAUGCAAUUCUGGCUAGUCAGCAUGGCAUUCUAUUUCGGAGAUAGAAUAUGAAUCGUGUUCAUUAGUGGUGAGGAGAACAUACAUUAAGAAUGCAUGCAUGGAGAAAAGAAGUAAAGAACCAUUAGAUAAUUAAAGCAUUGAGAUGCAGGUAAGCAGGUAAGGGGAAUGCCAUCAAUGGGAGCUAGCUGGUACUGCAAAUAGCCAAAUAUAUCUAAUGAAAUUAUGACAAUUGACUAUAUGUGUCCAGACAAUGCCCGAAUAUAUAAACAUACCUCAAUGUUUGAAAUCUUUCGGAGUAUUGAUGACCAAGGCACUACAGUAAACCAGUUAAAUUCUGCAGUCAACUAGUAGCUCGUAUAGUUAUAUGCACAGCUCCGGCCGGAUGCCCUUCUGACUAAAGAUUCACUCAUUUCUUUUGCUCAGUUUCUAACACCAUCAACGCAAGGAGAUAUUCCUUUUCUUCUUCUGCUAGAGAAAAUGAGAUAUUCCAUGAGUUCUUCAAUAUGUAGAUGAUUCUCAAUUCAUACAUUAGUAUCGGGGAAUUGAAAUGUCCAAAGCAUCUGGGAGGUAACAUUACUCUCAUAUCAAUAAUGUAAGACUUUGGUGUUGCCUAUUACAUCU